AGUGCAAGUACUGACUUUUGUUAGUUGUUUGUGGCCGUGAGAAAAAGUUUAAAUCCGUAAUUUAUGUUUUGUUGAUUAUCUAUCUAGUGGUUUUAGUUGUAGACUAUAAGGUUCUACUUGUCAUCAAUAUUGUGUGUUUCAUCUGAUAUCCGUUGCAUGUCUUCCUGAUUGUGUGUUUUACGUCUAGAGCUUUAGGCGUCCGAUUGAUGUCAAUUAAAAACUUUAGAAAAAAUUUCUGGAUUGUUACAUUACGACAACUGUAAGACAUUAAAGUAAUUUUAUUUACUUUAUUAAUGUCUGUGAGAAUGAAGAGUUAAUUUUAUGCUGUGCCAUGUGUCAUUAAUGAUUGCUUAAUGACAAAAUCUUUCAGUCUAUAUAUUUUAUGCAUCUGCUGAAUGUAUCAGAAAUAAACAAAUAACAAGUAUGGCUCUGUAUAUACAUCAAGCAUAUGGUCCACAAGGAGUGGAUGUUACUUACCAGGAUCUUGGUAAUAGAGGCUUACAGCAACAUCAUCAAAUUUAUGCUGAACCUGUUAUGCAGCAGCACCAAAUAUAUAGGACAGAUCCAACAGUUCAGCAACAAAUUUAUGCUGAACAUCUCAUUCCUCAGCAUACUCAAAUUUAUCGAGAGGAAGAUUUGCAACAGCAUGCACAAAUAUAUCGUGCUGAGGAUAUUCAGCAGCAUACUCAGGUUUAUCGAGAAGUUACCCAAGAACCUCAGCCUCCUCCUCAACCAGCUGCAUCAGCUCAUGUUUGUGAUAUAUGCAACAAAACAUGCAAGUCCAAAAGUGAUUUGCAAGCUCAUUAUGCUGGACAUACUGGUGAAAAAGCUCAUAUUUGCGAUGUUUGUCACAAAGGAUUUACUCAGAAAAGUAGCCUUCAGACUCAUUAUUUAAUACACACUGGUGACAAACCUCAUGUUUGUGAAGUUUGUAACAGAGGCUUUACUGAUAAAAGUACUUUAAGAAAGCAUAGCUUGAUCCAUACAGGGCAGAAGCCACAUGUUUGUGAUAUUUGUCAAAGAGGUUUUGUUCAAAAAAUUACUUUAAGAAAACAUUAUCUUACCCAUACUGGUGAGAAGAAUCAUAUCUGCGAGAUAUGUAACAAGGGAUUUGCUCAAAAAAGUACACUUCGCACUCAUUACCUUGUGCAUUCUGCUGAUCGAGAAGGUAAAAGGAGGAAAGGGAAAGGCAAAAAGAAAAAUGCGGAGCAACAAGUAACAGAAGAAAAGAUUGUUAUUGCAAUAACUGAACCUGAGGCUAUUCUGCAAGAAACUGGUGAACCCAAUGUUGAACAACAACAACAAACAGUAGAAAUGGACCAAACUGUUGUACAAGUUCAAACUGAACCUGAUCAGUGUGAAAUGACAUUUGCUGAUAAUAGUGGAUCUCAUGAUCAGGCAUUGAUCCAGACUGAACAGCAAGUAUAUUUAGAAAAUCCACAAGCUUAUGCUACAAUUGAUCAACAACCUUUGACACAUAUGGUUCAUCAGGCUCUUAACAUUGGACCUCAAGGUAUACAUCCCUUAAUGACAAUUGACCAACAAGGCAUUGCUCAUCUUGGACAUCAAACCUUGACUCAAGUUGGACAUCAGACUUUAGCCCAGAUAGGACAUCAGACAUUCACUAUUAUUGGCCAACAGCCUUAUACUACUGUAGAACAGCAACCGUUAACCCACAUUGUGCAUUCAACUAUGGCUCCUAUUGUUGAAGAUCAAAAUAUACCACCUGGUAUGCCUCAUGUAUUUGCUUGUGAUCAGUGCCCAAAACAGUUCAAAAGGAAAUGUGAUCUUCAGAAGCACUAUAUGGUGCAUACAGGAGAAAAAUCAUUCUUUUGUGAAAUUUGCAGCAAGGGUUUUAUGUCAAAAAAUGCAUUACAGAAGCAUAUUUUUGUCCAUACAGGUGAAAAGCCACAUUCCUGUUCAGUUUGUGGAAAAGCGUUUACAAAGAAAAGUAGCCUUGCAACUCAUUAUCUGAUUCAUACUGGAGAAAAACCUCAUAACUGUCACUAUUGUGAUCGACGAUUCAAAGACAAAAGUACUCUUCGAAAGCACUUACAGAUUCAUACUGGCCAAAAAAAUCAUGUGUGUGAAAUUUGCAACAAAGCUUUUGUUCAGAAAAGUACACUUCGCAAACAUCAAGUUACUCACACGAAAGAAAAAUUAUUUCAAUGUGAAAUUUGCAAGAAGAGGUUUACACAGAAAUAUAGUUUACAUGUUCAUCAUCAAAUCCAUAAACGUCCAAGGCCUUUUGCUUGUGAUCAGUGUGAUGAAGCAUAUACAAACAAGCUUGAACUCGAGAAACAUUACAGAAUCCAUACAGGUGAAAAACCACAUACAUGUCAAAUAUGUAAAGAAGGUUUUGAUGAAAAGGCACGUCUUAAUCGGCAUAUGCUUGGACAUACUGGUGUGAAACCGUUUGUGUGUAAUAUUUGUCAACGAGGUUUUAAGGACAAAUGUAAUAUGCAAAGACAUUAUUUAACUCAUACAGGAGAAAAGCCUUUUGCUUGUGACUUAUGUGAGAGGAGGUUCCGUGAAAAGGCAAAACUUUUAAAACAUAAAGCACGUCGUCAUAAGAACAAGCCCAAGCCUAAGCCAACUGCACCACAACCUAUUAGAAAGGUAAUAAUCAUCAAAACACUAUCAACAGACUAUUAUUAUAAUCGAAAAUAUUACUAAGAUUUUUGCACUUCUGAUGUACAGGGGCUCAAUAUUUUGUAUUGAAAAUUAGUAUGAAAGAAUGAAAUGUCCAAUUAUAUUUCAGUAUUCUUAAUGCCUUAUUGUGUUGAUGUUGUGCUGCUGUGGUGUGAUUGAAGCUAUUAUGCUUUCUAUUUUAUCCCUUAAGUAAUAUUUUUUUAAUUGAAUUGUUUGUGUUCUGAUCAUAAUAUGUGUUGUACUGGAAUCUUCUUAUGAAAAAAAAAAAAAAAAAAAAAAAAUUGGGGCUUUUUAAAUUUUGGAUCCAAGCACCUUGUGGGGUAGCAUAUAUGAAUUUUAGGAUCAUGAAAAUAUUUAACAUUUGUUCCUUCUCUCAGAUUCUUCAAUAAUCCCAGAUAAAAUGGAGUUCAAAGGUCUAUUUUCUUAUGAAAUUAAUAAAAACUAUUAUAGAAUAUGAGAAAAAUUUAACAAUGGAAAAACACAAAAAUUUAACAAGUUUCAAGAGCCCUAUAACUGGUAUAGUAUAAUCCCAUCUGAAGAUUCUCACUUGAUAGACAAGAUAAUCGUCAUGAAUCAAUUGAAAAUAAUUAGCUCAAAAAAUAAUUGAAGGAAGAUAAUCAUAUUGCAUCUUUAUUUUUCCUAUUUGAAACUCUUUAAUAAAUGCUCUAAAAUGCUGGUGAUACCAAGUACUUAUGCACUUUAUGUUGACUGGUUCAUUUUUUUAAUUGUAUUGAAUGCAUUGAUUUAAUAUCUUAUUUUUGAAUUAACAAAAAUGAUCGUAGCUAAUUAUUUAUUAGAUGGGAUAAUGUAUAUAUAUUCAUUUUCAUGUUUAUUUAAUAAUGUUUAAAUGAAAAAUAAUUAUAUCCAGUCUUUAUUAACGGGUCUGAUAUUUUAUAACUUUUAAACCAGUUAUAACUUCAAGUCAUGUGUUAAUAUGUGUUUUAAUUGAUUAGAAUUCUAUUUUGCUGUCAAGAUUUUUUUCUUCCUGUUGUAGAAUGCUUGUCAGGAUCUUUAUGUUAUUGUUUUCUGAAGUCCUAAGGAAUGCUGUUGUAUAGAAUAUUUGCGAAUGUUAUAUUUUUAUAUAAUAGGUAAAUUAUUUUAUGACUAUAUGAAUAUAAUUUUAAAACCAUUUUUAUUUCUAUGGAAUUCUCAAUACUUGUAAAUAAAGUUAAGUAAAAUAAUGCCAGUGUUCCUGAAUAGAGAUUUUUUUGGCAUAUUUCAUAUUAAAAAUAAUUUAUUAGAUGGAAUAUGGAGUUGGUAUUUUUUUAUGCUGUUAAUAAUGUCUGUUAGAAAUGAGCUGGGUAGUAGUUUGCUCAAAUUAUUCGCAAAAAUGAAUUAAAGUAUAAACUGAGUUUUAUUGAAAAAGUAUAAAAUUAUUUGCUUUAUAUUCUACAAUUAUUUUGAUAAAUAGAAAUUUAAAGUAUAUUUAUGUGUUAUUUAUUUCAGUAUGAAUCUAAAUUAAUUUUUAUGUAUUUUAUUUUCUUAAGUUUCUUGUUGUAAAUGUACAAAAACUAUAAUAGUUU